GCAGCAGAGGGAGGACAGGGGGAGGAGUGGAAGUGUGGGCAGACAUUGGGAUAAAAGUUGCAGCAGCAGCAGACUUCAUCUUUCAGUGAACUCGACGGACAGUUUGGAGAGUUUCUCAAUUGACUGCAAACUAAAACCACACUCUCGCUGCAGCCGACUGACUCUCCCACAAUUUGGAGCUGUAGGUGGAAAGAAGACUGCAGAUGAAGACCUGUGAAGGAUAUCCUGUGAGGUGCACCUGCUAAAUGAAGAGCAGGACGGAAAUUUAUGUUGGGCAAAUUUUUCACUGAAGCUCAACCACGCUGAACUGAACUACAGCUGCAACAUGACAGCUGCCACAAAGCUCCUGGAUGAAAUGUGCCAUCUGACGGCUCAGUCUCUGACACCAAUGGACACAUCAGAGCACUUCAAGGUCCUAAAGCUCCUGGGUGAAGGGUCAUAUGGCAAAGUCAUGCUGGCUGUACACAGGAAGAGAGGUACUCCAAUGGCUCUGAAAUUCUUCCCUCGUGAGUCCACCUCUCUUUUCUCUUUCCUGAGGGAGUAUAACCUCUCUCUGUCGUUCUGUACCCACCCAUCCCUGACCAGAGCGCUAGGAAUCGCCUACUCCACGCCUUUGCACUACGUCUUUGCUCAGCAAGCAAGCCUCUUUGGUGAUCUCUAUGAUGUCAUCUUGCCUGAGGUCGGUAUGGAGGAGGACUGUUGUCAGCGGGUGGUGUCCCAGCUGUGUGGCGCUCUGUCCCACCUGCACUCUCUUGGUUUUGUCCACAGAGACGUCAAACCAGAGAACGUCUUCCUGUGUGACUCUGCCUGCCGCUGGGUCAAACUAGGAGACUUUGGCAUGGUGAAGGCCAGGGGCAUCAGGGUCCCGGAGGUCUGGUAUAGCUCUCCCUACUGCACCCCUGAGGCCGAGAUCGCUCGCGGAAAUGAGGAUAGCUGGAGAAGCAUGAAUGAUGGGAAUGAUGGUGUUAAGGAGGAUGGUGAGAAGAAAAAGAAGGCACGAGUUUGGGUGUCUGUGGAGCCUAGCACGGACAGCUGGGCGCUGGGGAUCCUGACCUACGCCAUGCUCACCGGCAGUCAUCCCUGGGCUGAAACAACCAGAGACUGCCACUCAUACCUGAAAUAUCAGGAAUGGUGUGACACAGCAAAAAGCCCUGAUGACAAACUGGACGUGUGGGCAGAGCCACAGGGUGAGAGCGCACAGGAUGUCAUUGAGUUAAUUGGGGUAGAACUUGAACAGAAAGAACGUCCUCCCACAGCGCCCCAGUUUGCAUGUUUGACCCCGCUGGCCUGUUCCUUCUUCCAGUCGCUCCUCGACCCGAGGCCUCGGCUUCGUGGACGACCUGAGGAUAUGCUGAGUUACCUCGGAGGGGACUGGGUGAUGGAGAGGGAGAGGAUGCGGCUGGAGGAGGAGAGGAAGAAGAGCAGAGGGAAAGGAGCAAUCAGGAACAUGAAAGAGAUGGAGGGAAGAGGAGAACGAUAGGGAGAUUUGUAAUCUGAUUUAUAUACUGAUGAAUAAUAAGGCAAAUACUGGUCAACUUUUACAUUUAUUAAAUCUGACUAAUACUGUUUUUAGUUUAUAGUUAAACAGUUAUAGUAAAGCCAUUAUGGAUACAAGCUAUGGACACUGGAAAGCCUUGGUGAUUUUUCUUUGUUUUAUGUGACUGUUAAUUGGAAUUUGGACUAACAAAAAAAGACAUUUGAAGACAUAAUUUAAAGCUCUUAGAACCAAUAACAGGUAUUUGAUUGACAUGUUACGCUGUGCGUCUUAAUAAGAUUAUUAUAUUUCAUUAAUAAACAACACAAAUUAUUGUUGCAGUCUGAGAGACUAAGCCUCUACACUAAAUGUUCGAUGCGAGAGGACACUGUCAAAUGAAAACAUUUGAUUUAUGGGAUAUCUGUUUUUUUCUCAUUUGUUUUUGGAAGUAAAUUAAUUUUACCAAAUGUCUUUAAUUAAUAAAUAAGAUUUACUCAAGCAUUUACUCUAUAUAUCAGAUUAAAAAAUAACUUGAUAAGUCAGUGGUGUAACAGCUGCAGUUCUUGGGAUUAUUUGUAAUAAGUAGUGCUGUAAUGGUAGCAUGCACUUGUAAAAGAUACCCUCUUUAGCGCACCGAAUCUAUAUUUGGGUCUAGACUUUAGAGUGUUUACAUCGUAAUAGGUUAUGAACUGCAUAAACUACAGUAGCCAUAAACACGUCUGCUAGCAGACUGAAAGGAGCACAACACAAUUUUUACUCAACUCAACUCAAUGCUUCAAAUAAUAAGAAAUAUUAACUAAAUGUAAAUGUAUUCAUAGACACUUACCAGAAGUAAAUAUUUCCAUGCUACCUAUAAUUUAGUAGCACUUUUGUAGCACUGUAAACGAAGCUGGCAGCUAGCAACCUUUAGCUAACAUGGCAGAGUUUUGUAUUUUAGCAUGUUAGCACCUAAGCUGUUUGCUUUUGCUGUAGCAUAUAUCUUGUCUUCUCUUAUUUUGUAUGCUAAAUGUACUCUGUAUCAAAUGUAUUAAAUGUAAUGUUACAAAAUACAGUGUGUACAAUGUAAAAGAAUUUAUAAAAUUAUUGUUAUAGGCUUUUUUUGUGACUUAAGCAGUUUAAUAGCACAAUGAAUGGUUUUACUUUACAUAAUAAAAACUCAUAUCUGUCAAUUCUCUGCAAAUAAAUGAAUCUACGAACUGA